AUGGGUCGAGAAAGCGGGUACGUUUUUUCAGCAGAUCCUUCGGACGGGUCGAAGAAGAAGGGAGCCGGGUCGUGGAACUGGAUUCUCAUGCAAUCUUCGGGUCAGGAUAUCAUAUUGGAGGUUGAUAAAUACGCGAUCAUGCACCGCGUGAAGAUACACGCGCGUGACCUUCGCAUCCUUGACCCCGUCUUGUCCUAUCCUUCUACCAUCCUCGGCCGUGAGAGAGCCAUUGUCCUCAAUCUAGAGCAUAUCAAGGCUAUCAUUACAGCUGAAGAGGUGUUGCUUCGCGAUCCAUCAGAUGAUAAUAUUGCUCCUGUUGUGGAGGAACUUCGACGACGAUUAAAACCAGUAAAUGAUAAACAGGAGGAUAAUGAAGAUGGCAAGGACUUGGCAGUGCAGCCUGAUGCUGAAACGGGUGAAGAAGAUGACUCUCCAUUUGAGUUUCGGGCACUCGAGAUUAGUAGCCGUAACUUAGAUCGAGUUCGUAAGUUGAAGAGUCAAAUGACUAGGUUGACUGCUCGCGUGCAAAAGGUGAGGGAUGAGCUAGAACAACUUUUGGAUGACGAUGAUGAUAUGGCAGACCUUUACUUGUCUAGAAAAUUGGCUGGUACAUCAUCACCUGUAAGUGGCUCGGCUGCUGCCAGUUGGUUCCUAGCAUCUCCUACAAUUGGCUCAAAGAUAUCUAGAGCCACUAGGGCAAGUAUAGCAACUAUUCGCGGAGAUGAUAAUGAUGUAGAGGAUCUUGGAAUGUUACUUGAGUAUAACGUCCGCAUGAAGUACCAAAUUGAUGGCACACUGAACAAACUAACCACGCUACGUGAAUAUGUUGACAAUACAGAAGAUUAUAUCAACAUUCAGCUUGACAAUCAUCGGAAUCAGCUCAUUCAGUUGGAGCUUAUACUCAGCUCCGGAACUGUAUGUAUGUCGAUUUUUGCUUUGGUGACUGGCAUAUUUGGUGUGAACAUUCCUUAUACUUGGAACAACGGUCACGGAUACAUGUUUAAAUGGGUGAUCAUUGUCACGGGGACCUGUUGCGCAAUCCUUUUUCUUCUUAUUGUUUUUUAUGCUCGCCUCAAAGGGCUUAUUGGAUCCUGA